AUCUCGGGCCGGCCCGGGCCACAUCUCCUGCCCGGGGCGAGGAGGAGCGGGGCGGAGCGGGCUGGGCGCAAAGUCGCAACUUAACUUUCUAAACAAACACAGUUGCGCGUGAGCGUGAGCGGCGGGGGCGCGAGCUGAUGCCGGGGGUCCGGCCGCCCCCCUGCCGCCGCCUCCUCCCCCUGCAGCCCUCGCGGACGCGAGCGUACGCUCGGCGCUCGGGCCGGGUUUCCGCGCUCCGGCCCGCGGCUCGGAUGCGAGUUUGCACUUCGGAAGGCGGCGGAGCCAGCGGAGCGCGCUGACGGGCUGGAGACCCGCUGCUCGGCGCCCGCCCGCUGUCACGCGUACCGGCUGGCCCGGGAAGGACGCGCACGCUGAGCUUUGUUGUGGAAAUCCCGGUUACCUGGUAAGUGGAUGCCAUAGGAACUUUGUUCGCAGGCGGGAGACGGGUUGCGGCGAGGCGCUCGAGUGCGAAAGUGGGGGGAGCUGGGGCUUGGGACACAAACUAGCAGGGAUUAGAAAUAGCUCUCUGCGCCAGCAAAGCGUUCGGGUGGGUGUGGGGCCACGCGCACCCCAGAUUCAGAAGUGUUUUUAGAGACCUCCGCCGGCUGAGGUCACAGCCACCCGCAAAGAGGCAUCAGACUGCGUUGUGUCCGUUCCCGAGAGCCCCGGGCGGAGACUACAGAAGGGAAAUCAACACGGUGUUAAAGUUUCGCCCCUUAGGAAGAGUUUUUGUGCUUUCUUGUAAACCGCAGGCGCUAGAAGGCUGCGUAGCCAGACCAGGUUGCAGGACGCACGGGCUGGUGCACGGCCCGAAUCCAGACCCCAGGUAUCUAUCUGGGAAGGGGAACUUGGGCGAAGUGGAAGCCCACGGGGUGACGCGAGGUCUUUCGCGCUCACACGGACUGUGGCUGCCUGUUCAGGUUCCACGUGUUUGCUAAGCUCCACGAGGGCUGUUUUGCACCCUGUGCCUCACGCAGGCGCGCCCCAUUGUUUGGGGGUCCCGGGCUUGGGGGUGGGCAUCCAGUCGGGCUGGCGACCUACGGCCGCCCGGAUGUAGCUGCGACCUCCCACGCCACGGGCGCGCAGACACCCUCAGCGCGCCCCGCCGGUUCGUCACCUCGCGCUUACAUUUUUAUGCGGCCCGACAAAAUGUCAGCACUGUUUGGAAAACGUCUGUCUUGGGGACUUUGUCCCGCUCAAGGCUCCAGUCCCUAUAAAUGAGCCUGUGUGUAGUUUGAAGUCUGUCGGAGCCGCUCUCUGGAAAGCGUGAGUGAGCAGCCGCUCUCCGAGCGAGACACACACCUUGCCCCAAGCGACAGUUCCAAGUUACUCACUGGAGCUGACAAGUCACCUCGAGGACGAGGAAAUCACCCAUGUGUCUGGAAAUCUUGGCCUUGGCGGGUUUGUCAUCCUAUGAAUGAUUCAGUUAGGUACCUGGAGGGAGAAACUUUGGGGAAGGGUUCCUGGCUCCGCGGUUCGCGUCCCGGGACUCGGUAGGGGGUUGAGGAGGCGGGGAGUGACGGGGGCGGGGCGCUGCGCCCCAGGGGUGCGGAGCGAGUCUGGGCUCCCGCAGGCUUCCGACUCUACGGGGCGGGCUGCGCGCGCGGGUCCCUUCCAGCCGCGGCGCCCUUUAAGCCUUCGACCUACUCGGGACUCGGUUGCACAACAGGAAGCCGGCACGAGUUUGUUUUGUUUUGCUGCUUCUGCGGACGCAGCCGAAGGUUAGGGGCGGAGGCGGUGGGGAGUGACGGGGUCGCAGCGACGCGCAAGCCAGCGGCCGGUCGCCUCCGCCUCCGGGCCCGCCCCUCGCUCGCUCGCGGCCGGGAGUCCAGGGGGCCGGGGCCUGACCCCCGCGGCCAGUGUGUGGGGCUUAUAACCCACACCAUGGAUAACUUAUUGGACUUUGCCUGAAAGGAGUCAGUAGUGCCACUGGAUAUUUGACCAUCCUGGCCACAGGUUUUUCAGGAUGAAUGGAAGGUCACGCAGCAUGAGUCUUCACCAUACGUCGGGAACCCCACAGGGGCCUGGGAUGGUCAGUGGCCAGCAUAUUCCUCCCAGCCGAACCCACUCAGGGACUCCUGGCCCCUCAUCUUGGGGCAACACACCGAGCCCCACUAUUGGAAGCCUUUCUAACAGCCUGCAUCGCAAGAUGCCCUUGGGAGGAGGGAUGGUUCUGCAGCACAGUGUGGCUGAGAGCCCCAUCCAUCUGCCCGCUCUGAGCCCCAGGAGACAAGUGCUCGCCAGUGAGAAGCUGAGAUUCCAGGUCGCCCAGCCUGGAGGCAUGUCAGGGACACACACUUUAAAGCCAAAGCAGCAAGAGUAUGGAAGUCCUUUUCCUCCAAAUCCUGGGAAAGGGGCUCUUGGCUUUGGGCCUCAGUGCAAGUCCAUUGGAAAAGGCAGCUGCAACAAUCUAGUGGUCACCAGCAGUCCCAUGAUGGUUCAGCGACUGGGACCCAUUUCACCUCCAGCAAGCCAGGUCUCUACAGCAUGCAACCAGAUCAGUCCUAGCUUACAGAGGGCAAUGAAUGCAGCCAACCUGAAUAUACCUCCUUCAGAUACCAGGUCCCUUAUUUCCCGGGAGUCUCUGGCAUCCACGACUUUGAGUCUGACAGAGAGCCAGUCGGCCUUGAGUGUGAAGCAAGAGUGGUCUCAGGGCUACAAAGCUCUCCCUUUGCUUUCUUCCACCCACGGCUCGCAGAAUGUCGCGGAUCUAGGGGACCUCCUUAGCCUUCCUCCGGGGACGCCCAUGUCCAGCAAUAGCAUCUCGAAUACCUUACCACCCUACCUUUUUGGCAUGGAAAAUAGCCACUCUUCUUCCUACCCUAGCCCCCGGCACUCAUCCACCAGGUCACACUCGACCCGCUCUAAGAAGAGAGCACUGUCCUUGUCCCCGCUGUCCGAUGGCAUCGGGAUAGACUUCAAUACCAUCAUCCGCACCUCACCCACGUCUUUGGUCGCUUACAUCAACGGGUCAAGGGCGUCCCCAGCCAACAUGUCCCCGCAGCCAGAGGUGUACGGGCAUUUUCUGGGUGUGCGUGGCAGCUGCAUCCCCCAGCCCUGCGCGGUGCCCGGUGGGCAGAAGGGCAUGCUGGUGGCUGGCGCGGGCCUGGCGCUGCCAGCCUACGGCGAGGAUGGUGCGCUGGAGUGCGAGCGCAUGCAACAGCUGGAGCACUGCGGCCUGCAGCCGGGGCAGGUGAACAACAUGGUGGUGCAGCACGGGCUGCCGGGCCCCGAAGGCCAGCCGACCAGCAUGCUCAAGACCGAGCGCCUGGAAGAGUUCCCAGACAGCGCCAUGGACCUGCCUUCCGCGCCCCCUCUCCCGCCUCUGCCGCCCCAGGGCCCGCCCCCUCCCUAUCACUCCCACCCACGCCUUCACCACCCAGAGCUUGUGGCCCAUGCCCAGCCCCUGGCCCUGCCCCGGGCCAGCGUGAAUGAAGAAGGGGAGAUGGACGACGUCGGGGGCAAGCACUGCUGCCGUUGGAUAGACUGCAGCGCCUUGUACGACCAGCAGGAGGAACUGGUGCGGCACAUCGAGAAGGCGCACAUAGACCAGCGCAAGGGAGAGGACUUCACUUGCUUCUGGGCUGGCUGUCCUCGAAGGUAUAAACCCUUCAACGCCCGCUAUAAACUGCUGAUCCACAUGAGAGUCCACUCUGGGGAGAAGCCCAACAAGUGUACGUUUGAAGGUUGCAAGAAGGCCUUUUCCAGGCUUGAGAAUCUCAAGAUUCAUCUGCGAAGCCACACAGGCGAGAAGCCGUACCUGUGCCAGCACCCGGGCUGCCAGAAGGCGUUCAGCAACUCCAGCGACCGUGCCAAGCACCAGAGGACACAUCUGGACACCAAACCUUACGCUUGUCAAAUUCCAGGAUGUACCAAACGCUACACAGACCCAAGUUCCCUAAGAAAGCAUGUGAAGGCACAUUCUUCCAAAGAUCAACAAGCAAGGAAAAAGCUGCGGUCCAGCACUGAGCUCCACCCAGACCUGCUCACAGACUGCCUCAAUGUGCAGCCCCUGCAGACGGCCACGUCCCCAAGAGACACUGCUGCUGACACCACCCUGGGACGGUCCCCGGGGCCAGGGCCAGAUCUCUACUCAGCUCCAAUUUUCUCCAGCAGUCACUCGAGCCGAAGUGGAACAGCUGCUGGGGCCGGGCCACCCCCACAUCUUGUCAGUCACCCUUCUCCAGGACAUAAUGUACAGGGGAGCCCCCACAACCCCCCUUCGCAGUUACCUCCACUCACAGCUGUGGACGCAGGAGCUGAGAGGUUUGUUCCUUCUGCGCCAUCUCCUCACCACAUCAGCCCCCGGAGAGUUCCAGCUCCGUCCUCAAUACUGCAGAGAACACAGCCUCCUCACACUCAGCAGCCGUCAGUUCCACACCUGAAGUCCUAUCAGCCAGAGACGAGCUCUUCCUUUCAGCCAAAUGGUAUCCACAUCCAUGGAUUCUAUGGACAGCUUCAGACGUUCUGCCCUCCACAUUACCCCGAAUCCCAGAGAACUGUGCCAGCUGGCAGCUCCUGCAGUGUGGUGCCCUCCUUCGAGGAUUGCCUAGUCCCUGCAUCCAUGGGCCAGGCUGGUUUUGAUGUUUUCCACAGAGCCUUCUCAACUCACUCAGGCAUUGCAGUAUAUGAUUUGCCUUCAGCCUCCUCAAGCCUCUUUGGGGAGUCUCUUCGCAGUGGGCCCGAUGACUCCACAUUCUUACAGAUCAGUGCUGUGGACCGCUGCCCCAGCCAGCUUUCCUCAGUUUAUACUGAAAGCUAAAGGCUCCGCUGACCUCUGCUGAAUACCCAGAAUCUCUUGAGUUGUUUGCUGCCUUUUCUUUUCAGACCAUCACAGGCUGCAUAAAGAAGGGUGUUAACCGGAUCGGUGAAGCCUGCAAGCUCACCAUGGCUUUGGAAAGCAGGAUGGGAUGAGCCGAGCUGGCUUCGCAGCAGUAUUUGCACUUGCUCCUUUUUCUCGCUGGAUUUGGUGACCACGUGACCAGCAGGACCAUCUCUUCAAAGGGAACAUAAGAGUUUCACUUUACUGGAUACCUGUUACUUCCUGGCUGUUAACCCUCAGAGGACACCAAUGAAAGGAUAUGGAUAUUAAAUUGGGGCUUGGGGAUGACCCUUGCUGAAAACUCCAAAGUGGGACGAGCCCAGUUACCAGAGGCGCAGGGAGCUGCUUCUCCCAACUGCAGAAGGUGCAAAGCCAAGCACAGUGAAGGGAAUCCACUUCCAAAGCAUCCUGCAGUCUCAACUCUCAGAAAUUCCUGAGUUUUUUUUCCCUCUUCUCUUAGAUAUCAUCAUGGUAAACAGUUGUAGUCAGUGUUUCCCCACUGACAGAAGGUUUUCUGUUUCAUCAACCUACUUUAUUUUUUUAAUAUUAGAGACUUGUUACUUAUGUCUGCUUAAGAGGAAAAAAAAUAACAAGCUUUUGUUUUCUGGGCAGAAAUCAUGAUCAUUGUAGUCACUAGCUAUAUACAUUUCGCCAUAGCUGUGGCUCUGCUUGGCCCAACUGCUGGAAUGUUCUGCAAUUUGCAAAGCUAUCUGGGGGGAACAGAGUGGGCAGUCGUGUGUGCACGCAGGAGGGCACACACACACACACACACACACACACACACACACACACACACUCUGUACCCAGAGCUGCAGCAGGAACCCUCAUGGACUGCUCAGUGACUCCAUUUGGAAAACUUCAUCCAUUGGAAAAGACCAUUUGAAUUGGUUGCUUCCUGCUUUCACUGUGGCACUCCACCUAAGUGCUGGGACUGCGGGAACAGGGACACGUGGCAGGUCAUAUGUGUCGUUCCCACAGAAAACCCACCCCAGGAUGCCUGGCAUCCAGUUACUUUGCACAGCCGCUGCCCAGCUCCCUCAGGGUACCCACACAUCCGCCUGUCUUUCCUGAAUAUUCUCCCCUUCCUGUUUUCUGGUUUUCACUUUUCACUUCUCAAUAGCUCUUUUUUUUUUUUU